CGCCCCUUCUUCCCUUGGCGCCUCUGCUCCGUAUGCGCGCGCCUCCGCAGAGGGGCUGCCAUUUUGUCGCCGAGCUGGGUGUUUUGUCAAAGUCUGCGUAUCUAACGCCGGAGCGAGGAGCCGCCAUGCCGGCAGGGCCCGUGCAGGCGAUGGCGCCUGCCCAGCCGGCGCCGCCUGAAGCGAAGCAGCCAGAAGAUGAACCAAAGGAAGAACCGACACCAGCAAAGCCCGUUGUGGGAAUCAUUUACCCUCCACCGGAGGUUAGGAAUAUUGUGGACAAGACAGCCAGCUUUGUGGCCAGAAAUGGUCCUGAGUUUGAAGCUCGUAUCCGUCAGAAUGAAAUCAAUAACCCCAAGUUCAACUUCUUGAACCCUAACGAUCCGUACCAUGCCUACUAUCGCCACAAAGUCAAUGAGUUCAAGGAGGGGAAGGCUCAGGAGCCCUCGGCAGCCAUUCCUAAGGUCAUGCAGGCACAGCAGAGUGCACAGCAGCAGCUUCCCCAAAAGGUUCAAGCCCAGGUGAUUCAGGAAACGGUUGUGCCAAAGGAGCCCCCUCCAGAGUUUGAGUUUAUUGCAGACCCUCCCUCGAUCUCUGCCUUUGACUUGGACGUGGUAAAGCUGACGGCCCAAUUUGUUGCUCGGAACGGCAGGCAGUUCCUCACCCAGCUGAUGCAGAAAGAACAGAGGAAUUACCAAUUUGACUUCCUGCGCCCACAGCACAGCCUCUUCAACUACUUCACCAAACUGGUUGAGCAGUAUACCAAGAUCUUGAUCCCACCCAAGGGCUUGAUCAUAAAACUCAAGAAAGAGGCAGAAAACCCCAAAGAAGUCUUGGAUCAGGCAUGUUACAGAGUGGAGUGGGCCAAGUUUCAGGAGCGAGAGCGGAAGAAGGAAGAGGAGGAAAAGGAGCGAGAGCGUGUGGCUUAUGCCCAGAUUGAUUGGCAUGAUUUUGUGGUGGUGGAAACAGUGGACUUCCAGCCCUCUGAGCAAGGGAACUUCCCCCCUCCCACCACUCCUGAGGAGCUGGGCGCUCGGAUUCUGAUCCAGGAGCGCUACGAGAAGUUUGGCGAGAGCGAAGAAGUGGAGAUGGAAGUGGAGUCGGAUGACGAAGACGAGAAACAAGAAAAGGCAGAGGAGGCGCCCUCUCAGUUAGACCAGGACACCCAAGUGCAGGACAUGGACGAGGGCUCUGAUGAAGAAGAUGAGAGUCAGAAGGUCCCGCCCCCUCCAGAAACUCCGAUGCCGCCCCCUCUUCCUCCGACUCCAGACCAAGUCAUUGUCAGGAAAGAUUACGAUCCUAAAGCUUCCAAGCCUUUGCCACCAACCCCAGCCUCAGAUGAAUAUCUUGUCUCCCCCAUCACUGGGGAGAAAAUUCCCGCCAGCAAAAUGCAAGAGCACAUGCGCAUUGGGCUCCUGGAUCCCCGCUGGUUGGAGCAGAGAGAUCGCUCUCUCCGGGAGAAGCAGACUGACGAUGAGGUCUACGCCCCAGGCUUGGAUAUUGAGAGCAGCUUGAAACAGCUGGCCGAGCGCCGUACCGAUAUUUUUGGUGUGGAAGAGACAGCCAUCGGCAAGAAAAUUGGGGAAGAGGAGAUCCAGAAGCCGGAAGAAAAGGUGACCUGGGACGGCCACUCUGGCAGCAUGGCCCGGACUCAGCAGGCAGCUCAGGCCAACAUCACCCUGCAGGAGCAGAUCGAGGCUAUCCAUAAGGCCAAGGGGCUGGUGCCAGAGGACGACAGCAAGGAGAAGAUUGGCCCGAGCAAACCCAAUGAGAUCCCCCAGCCGCCCCCUCCGUCCUCAGCCCCAAACAUCCCAACGAACGCUCCACCAAUUGCAUCUGUGCCUCGCCCUCCUGUGAUGCCACCUCCUAUCCGUACAACUGUUGUCAGUGCGGUUCCUGUCAUGCCGCGUCCACCUAUGACUUCUGUGGUCCGUUUGCCUCCGGGCUCUGUCAUCGCAGCUCCCAUGCCACCGAUCAUUCACGCCCCUCGGAUCAAUGUUGUUCCAAUGCCGCCCUCGGGUCCACCCAUGAUGGCUCCACGCCCUCCUCCCAUGAUUGUGCCAACAGGAUACAGACAGGGACCAGUCAGCAGUCCAGCCUUUGUUCCAGCUCCUCCUGUGGCUCCAGUCAGCGCUCCAGCCCUGAUGCCUCCUGUCCACCCUCCACCUCCCAUGGACGAUGAGCCAGCCUCUAAGAAACUGAAGUCUGAAGAGAACCUCAUGGCGGAAGACGAGUUCCUGCGCAGAAACAAGGGCCCAGUCACAGUCAAAGUCCAAGUUCCUAAUAUGCAGGACAAGACAGAAUGGAAGUUGAAUGGCCAAGUGCUGGUGUUCACCCUCCCUCUCCCUGACCAGGUUUCUGUUAUAAAGGUUAAGAUCCACGAGGCCACCGGAAUGCCUGCUGGGAAGCAGAAGCUCCAGUAUGAGGGCAUCUUCAUCAAAGAUUCCAACUCCCUGGCUUACUACAACAUGACCAGCGGGUCCGUCAUCCACUUAGCCCUCAAAGAAAGGGGAGGCAGGAAGAAGUAGGGAGUCCUUUGGCAAGGCAGCAGCCAUGCAGGAUGAUGCAAGACCAGCUGCUGGAAUCCGCUGCCCCCCAAGAAGCAUCUGCAUGGCGUUCCCACUCGGGCUGUACUUUGGACCUCCUGCUUGUAAUCUGGGCAUCACAAGGGUUGGAGAAACUUGGUCGUGCCUGUGGAGUUGCUGUGAAUUUUUUUUUUUUUAACUGAUGUUGUGUAUUUCAGCAACUUGUGCUACAUAUGUUCACAAUGCCACCAGCGUCACCUCUAUGCUAGCAUUUCUUUUCAGUGGUCCUCCGUUUAAUUUCCUGCAGCACCAUUUUCCCUUUUCGGCUAAGAUCUUGCAUAGCUUUGACCUAAUUCAACCCUUUGGAAGGGUUUCCUGGCAUAUUAAAGAAAUGUAACUAUUGGGCAAAACAUUUCAGUUAACUUCCUUGUUUGUAGUAACUCUUAACUAGUGUAAUAAAAAAAUCAUUUGUGGUUUC